AUGGCUUCUUGUUUUAUGAGACUGGAAGGUUUCUUCCCUACUGUUUCCCGAUCAGCAAAGCGAUCAUCAAAUGCCCCUCCUAUCCCUUCUUCUUCGUCUUCUCGUUUCUAUAGCUAUGGCUUCCCUCUCAAAACGAAUUCGUUUUCCGUAUCCCACUCUCCUUUCACCACCAAAGCUUCUUCUUCUUCUUCUUCCUCCACCCCCAUUGUCGAGCCUGAAGGAAUGAAGAUAAGUUCAGUUCCCACAAAGCCGAUUGAAGGGCAGAAGACCGGGACAAGUGGGCUUCGGAAAAAGGUUAAAGUUUUUAUGCAAGAGAAUUAUCUUUCAAAUUGGAUCCAAGCAUUGUUUAAUUCAUUGCCACCCGAGGAUUACAAGAAUGGAGUCUUGGUUUUGGGAGGUGAUGGACGAUACUUCAACCGUGCAGCUGCACAGAUAAUUAUCAAAAUUGCUGCCGGCAAUGGUGUUGGCAAAAUAUUGGUUGGCAGGGAAGGAAUUAUGUCCACACCAGCUGUUUCUGCUGUAAUUCGGAAGAGGAAGGCCAAUGGUGGAUUUAUCAUGAGUGCAAGCCAUAAUCCUGGAGGCCCUGAAUAUGACUGGGGUAUCAAGUUUAAUUACAGCAGUGGGCAACCUGCACCUGAAUCCAUCACUGACAAGAUAUAUGGAAACACCCUUUCUAUUUCUGAGAUUAAAAUGGCUGAGAUUCCUGAUGUUGACGUUUCUCGUCUGGGAGUUACAAAGUAUGGAAACUUCAGUGUCGAAGUUAUAGAUCCAGUUUCUGACUAUCUGGAAUUAAUGGAGAGUGUGUUUGAUUUCCAGCUCAUCAGAAGCCUUCUCUCAAGAUCAGAUUUCAGGUUUGUAUUUGAUGCCAUGCAUGCUGUUACCGGUGCAUAUGCGAAACCCAUCUUUGUGGACAAGCUAGGAGCCAGCCCCGAUUCUAUAUCGAAUGGAGUGGCUCUGGAGGAUUUUGGACAUGGUCAUCCAGACCCUAAUCUUACAUAUGCAAAGGAUUUGGUCAACACCAUGUACAGUGAGAAUGGACCUGAUUUUGGGGCUGCAAGUGAUGGGGAUGGCGACAGAAACAUGAUUCUAGGUAAAAAGUUCUUCGUUACUCCUUCAGACUCAGUUGCAAUCAUCGCUGCCAAUGCACAAGAAGCAAUCCCAUACUUCCGGAAUGGUCCUGUGGGUUUAGCUCGAUCCAUGCCAACUAGUGGUGCACUCGAUCGUGUUGCGGAAUUAUUGGGUCUUACCUUCUUUGAGGUUCCCACCGGCUGGAAAUUCUUUGGAAAUCUUAUGGAUGAUGGGAAGCUGUCAAUCUGUGGUGAAGAAAGUUUUGGCACUGGUUCUGAUCACAUUCGCGAGAAGGAUGGCAUAUGGGCUGUCUUAGCAUGGCUCUCAAUUAUAGCAUAUCGAAACAAAGACAAGAAACCAGGGGAGAAACUGGUGUCUGUCAGUGAUGUUGUCAAAGAACACUGGGCAACAUAUGGAAGAAAUUUCUUCUCUAGAUAUGAUUAUGAAGAAUGUGAAUCCGAAGGUGCUACUAAAAUGAUUGAAUACCUUAGAGAUCUGGCCUCUAAGAGUAAGGAAGGAGCCAAGUAUGGAGAUUAUGUCCUUCAAUUUGCUGAUGACUUUGCAUACACUGAUCCUGUGGAUGGAAGUGUGGCCUCAAAGCAAGGUGUUAGAUUUGUUUUCACCGAUGGUUCAAGGAUUAUAUUUCGCCUGUCGGGAACUGGUUCAGCCGGUGCUACCAUUCGAAUCUACAUCGAACAGUUUGAACCAGAUGUUUCUAAACAUGACAUGGAUGCCCAGGUCGCACUGAAGCCAUUAAUAGAUUUGGCAUUGUCUGUGUCAAAGCUGAAGGACUUCACAGCAAUGGAGGAACCUACAGUCAUCACAUAA